AUUCAAUAAGUUAGAGUUAGCAUGCAUGUUUUCAAAUAAAAUAAAACUAGGACUUUAAAAUUCGCAUGAAAUAAUCAAAAUUUAUUGACACUUUAUACAUGUAUCAAUUUAUAUAAAAUACUUAAUAUAUUUUCUCCUCGUUCCACUCAGUACGUAUCUCUCUUGCUUUCCUUCACUUUAUUGUCGCUUUUAGACCUUGAAUUUUCUCAUAAAUCAGAAUAUAAUACCAAAACAACACCAAAAAGAAAUCAGAGUUACCCCUAAGAAUGUCUUCGGAUCAUCACACACCAACGAAAGAUCCACCGGAUCGUCCAUCAUCUUCCUCCAUCAACCACAAGCAACUGCUUCCUUCUCAAUCGCAGGCGCAGCAACCGCUCAGCCGCUACGAGUCUCAGAAACGCCGAGACUGGAACACGUUCAUCCAAUACCUAAAAUCGCAGAAUCCACCGCUGAUGAUGUCUCAGUUCGAUUACACACACGUGCUAAGUUUCCUCAGGUACUUAGAUCAGUUCGGUAAGACCAAAGUACAUCACCAAGCUUGUGUCUUCUUCGGACAACCAGAUCCACCAGGACCGUGCACAUGUCCUCUCAAACAAGCUUGGGGAAGCUUAGAUGCUUUGAUAGGACGGUUGAGAGCUGCUUAUGAGGAACAUGGCGGUGGGUCACCGGAUACUAACCCGUUUGCAAACGGGUCAAUCCGGGUUCACUUGAGGGAAGUGAGAGAAUCUCAAGCCAAGGCUCGUGGGAUUCCGUACAGGAAAAAGAAGAGGAGGAAGAUUAAAAACGACGGGGUUGUUGCCAGGAAGGAUGUUGCAAACUCUUCAACUCAUAAUCAGUCGUCCACUUGAUAAUUUAUCACAUAAAAAUUUUCCGAUAUAGGAUAUUUUAUUCCUUCUAUGGAAUCCUAAGAGGCUAUCUUUGAGGGGACAAGUGACUUUGGUUGAAGGCAACUCAUGGUUGGACUUUUAUGGACUGAGAUAUGAGGAAUAUUCCACUUCCUAUUGAUGCACUGGUGAGUUAACUGUCUUUGGCAAGUGAUUUCAUGUCAAAUGUCUUUAUGGUUGUGGAGAUAGGGAUGCACAUAUGUCCUACUCGGCUUCUUUAGCUCAUUUGAGCUUCAUGCUCUCCACUCCAUGCCUCAUAUGAUUAUUUGCUCUAUGGGUUAUGUUGACUAGAUGUCCUCAUCACUCUUCAUGUGAAAGUUCUUCCCUCAAACUUUCUGAUUUAUAGAUAUAUUUUCCUUAA